AUGUUGGUUUGGUUUGUGCUCGGGCUCGGUAGCCUGGCGUUUGUGAUUUGGGAUUCGAUCACCAACUCGCCCACCAGUUGGGUGCAACGUGUGGCAUGGAUUUUGGUCGUGGUUUACACCGGCGUGGUGGGGUUGGUCCUGUACCUGCUCGCCUGCCGAAGACCGUUCCCGGGCGCUCACGAUGCCUUCACCCGACCGGUCUGGAAGCAGGGCGUGAACAGCGAAAUGCACUGCCUGGCGGGCGACGCUACCGGUAUUGUUGUGGCCGCGGCGAUUGUGCCUGUGUUCGGGCUGGCCAACGGUUGGGACGUAACCAUCGAAUACCUGGCCGGUUUCAUCUGCGGGUUGUUCAUCUUUCAGGCACUGAUGAUGGUCGGCAUGUACGACGGCAACUACUUCAAGGCCGUUCGCAAGACGUUCUUCUCCGAAACCGUCUCGAUGAACAUGGUGAUGGCCGGGAUGAUCCCCACGAUGGUCGUGCUCACUUCGUUCUGGCCCGAGUCGGAAUCGCCGCUGAACCCCGCCUUCUGGUUCCGCAUGGGGUUGGCCACCAUCGUUGGCGGCGUGAUUGCCUUCCCGGUCAACUGGUGGCUCGUCGCCAAUCACCUCAAACACGGCUGCAUGACCCUGCCCGGCAAAGAUGCCCCCGCACCCUGCCUGGGCCACUGCUCGAUGGAAUGCGAAACACUAUCCCCGGCCCAAGCGAAGCCCGAGCCUGCCAUGGCGAUGAACAUGGACAUGCCCCACGAGGGUCAUAUGCACGAAGGCCACAUAAAGAACAUGCCCAUGCACGACGACUCGAUGGGCCAGAUGCACCAUAGUGAAUCUCACAGUGAUGAAAUGCACGGCGGCGAUAUGCAUUCGGGGCAUUCCGCCGGCGGGCACGAAGGUCAUCACAUGAUGAUGCGCGAGUUGCCACUUCCCAUCGCCACCGCCUGGGUCGUGGCCACGUUCGUCGUGCUGUUGCUGGCGAUCUACAUCACCAAUCUCUACGAAGAGUCGUCGGUCUACUGGUGCGAUCAUGUUGGCCCCGCCAUCGAUUUGAACACUGAGCGCCGCCCGGCGAUCCGUCGGCUGAACAUCGCCACCGGCGAGCGACGCACGUGGGAUAUGCCCCAGCAGGUCGGCUCGUUCGCCUUCCGCACCGCCGGAGGGCUCGUCGCCGGCGUGAACUCCGGCUUCUGCACCGUCGACCUGGAGCACAAUCGCCUUGAACCACUCGUCGACCCCGAACCCGACAAGCCGCACCAUCGCCUGAACGACGGCAAGAUCGAUCGCCGCGGUCGCUAUUGGUGCGGCAGCAUGAACACCCAACUCAAAGGCAGCGACGCCCACCUGUACCGGCUCGAUCCCGACCACACCUGCCACAAAGUGGCCGAAGAUUUCUCGUUCGUCUGCAGUAACGGAAUCGCCUUCGAUCCCGAAGACACCCGCAUGUACUUCGGCGAUACCGCGGGUGGAAUGAUCUACGUGUUCGACUUCGAUCUCGACGAAGGUCGCAUCUCGAACCGCAGAGUGUUCUUCUCCUUGGUCGACCGGAAGCCGGCCAUCGUCGAUGGUGCCACGGUCGACACCGAAGGCUACUACUGGUGUGCAUUGAACUUGGGCGGAAAGAUUCUGCGGAUCGAUCCCCGGGGCCGUCUCGAUCGCGAGAUCGACAUGCCGAUUCCCAGCCCCACCUGCGUCACGUUUGGUGGCGACAACUAUGAAACGCUCUACGUCACCUCGCAACAGGCCUUCGUCACGCCGGAACAAAUGGCCAAACAUCCCCAACCCGGCAGCCUGUUCGCCAUCCACGGUCUGGGAGCUCGAGGGAUGCCUGAACCAAAGUUUGCAGGCUAA